AUCAUCAUGAAUUCAUAAUGACAGAUCUUCUUUAUUAAGUUUCAAAAUAAAUAAAUUAAAAAAAUGUCUAGUCGGCAUGAGUUUGUGGGUUGAAAUUCAUACUUUAUACUCCAUAUGACCGUAUCUAAUAUUCAUAAAAAAUUAUCCAUUUAUUUACAAUUUGGCGGUGAUAUUAAGGUACUGUAAUAAACAUGAUUUACAGAUUUCACCUACUAAGAUGAUAAAUUGAGGCGUGCUCCGUCUCACUGUCUGAAACCUGGGUUAAAAGAGAGUACGCACUUUGGGAGCGAAACAGAACGAACGAGAGAGAGGCAGAUGAUUCAUCAGUGUAAUUUAAUCCCAAAAUAAAACUAGGGCUUUGCAAUUCAAAAUAAAAUUAGGGUUUUGUGAUUCCAUUAGAAAUCAAAAGAUGGCUCAAAGUGGAAAAGUAAUGCCAAAUCUGGAUCAGAAGAGCACAAAGCUGCUUAAUUUGACGGUUCUUCAGCGCAUCGAUCCUUCUGUUGAGGAGAUUCUGAUUACUGCUGCUCAUGUUACGUUCUAUGAAUUUAACAUUGAACUCAGCCAAUGGAGUCGCAAGGAUGUCGAAGGCUCCCUUUUUGUCGUUAAAAGGAACAAACAGCCUCGGUUUCAAUUUAUUGUAAUGAAUCGCCGAAACACAGAAAAUCUAGUAGAGAAUCUUUUGGGGGACUUUGAGUAUGAAAUCCAGUUACCAUAUUUAUUAUACCGCAAUGCUGCACAAGAAGUAAAUGGUAUUUGGUUUUAUAAUGCUCGUGAAUGUGAAGAGGUGGCAAAUCUAUUUGACAGGAUACUUAACGCUUAUUCUAAGGUGCCCACUAAGCCCAAUAUAUCUCCAUCUAAAAGUGAAUUUGAAGAAUUAGAGGCAGUACCAACCAUGGCUGUUAUGGAUGGUCCACUGGAGCCUUUGCCAUCAACUACCGCAAAUGUUCAUGAUGGCCCUGAUGAUCCCGCCUUUGUGAAUUUCUUCAGUUCAGCUAUGAAUACGGGAAAUCCUUCCAUUUCUACAAUUACUGGAGAACUCCAGAAGCCUUCUGCAACUGCCAUCCUUGCUAGUCGGCCAGUCAAUAUGCCUCCAAUGGUUCCAUCAGCACAAAUAGCAUCUAAUGCUACCUUAACAUCUGCUUCUUUGCUGUCUCUGCUUGAUACAUCAGAGCCAAACAACAAUAGCAGUUAUUUGACAAAUCUUGUUAAACCAUCCUCUUUUUCCAGUCUUCCUCCUGCCACUUAUCCAUUGAUGGUGCUGCCUGUUUCUUCAUCUAUGCCAACUGCUGCUCCGCUGCACCCUCCUAAUCUUCAACGUCCCUGUGGUGCUCCAGUCCACCAACCUUUUCCUCCCCCAACUCCACCCCGAUCUCUAACUCCAACAUCAGCUGUCACUUCUAAUUAUGGGCCAGUCGUAAGCAGAGAGAAGGUUCGAGAAGCUCUAUUGUUGCUUUUUCAGGAUGAUCAUUUUAUCGACAUGGUGCAUCGAACGUUAUUGAAUGCUCACCACUCUUGAAAGUUGCAAUUUCCUCCCCUCCCCUCCCCUGCCCAUGUGUUGUGUAUAGCAAUUUCAUGGACUAGGUGGAUUUGGUGGGGGACAUCCGGACAUGGAUGCAGUGUAAAUUACAUUACCUGAAUUUAUUACAUUACCUUACCCAAAUUUAUUACAUUACCUUACCAA